UGUGUCUUUGUCUGGGUGUCUCUCACAUCUAGCAGACCAGACAGCUGUACAGAGGAUCGGGGAAGGAAGAGAGUCUGCACAGGGAACCCCACAUCACAAUCUGGAGAUGUCGGAGUUGCAAGAAGUUCAGAUCACAGAUUACAAUGCUCUUCCACAGGACCCUUUAAAGGCAGCGGAAUUGGCUGCAAAAUUAAUGCAAGUACAAGAGCAGAAGCACUCUAUUGAGACUCCCUAUGGCGUGGUGACGGUUACAAUUCAGGGCUCCCCCAAACCCAAGCGUCCAGCGAUAGUAACAUUCCAUGAUGUGGGGAUGGACCAUAAAAUGUGUUUUGACGCACUGUUUAAUAAUGAGGACAUGUAUGAGAUCGUGAAGAAUUUUGUUGUGUGCCACAUUGAUGCUCCAGGGCAAGAGGAGGGGGCAGCUGUCUACCCUGUUGGGUAUCAAUACCCAUCACUUGAUCAGCUGGCAGAAACCAUCCCCCCCGUGCUGCAGUACCUUAAUUUCUCCAGUAUUAUUGGAAUUGGUGUUGGUGCUGGAGCCUAUGUCUUGUCCAGAUACACGCUUUCACACCCCAAUACAGUGGAAGGUCUAGUUCUCGUUAAUGUUGACCCAAAUGCCAAAGGUUGGAUGGACUGGGCAGCACACAAGCUUACAGGCCUGACAUCUUCCAUCCCGGAAAUGAUUCUGUCUCAUCUCUUCAGUGCAGAAGAGCUUUCGGGCAACACAGACAUUGUGCGUCAGUACAAAAGCACCAUCUUAAGCUCCCCUAUCGUCAGCAACAACCAGCUGUACUGGAACAGUUACAAUAGUCGCCGGGAUUUGAACUUGGAACGUGGUAGUGAUGUCACCCUAAAAUGUCCUGUGAUGCUAGUAGUUGGUGAUCAGGCUCCUCAUGAAGAUGCAGUGGUUGAGUGCAACUCAAAACUGGAUCCAACACAGACCUCAUUCUUGAAGAUGGCGGAUUCUGGUGGACAGCCACAGAUUACACAGCCUGGGAAACUUGCUGAAGCAUUCAAAUACUUUGUACAGGGAAUGGGAUACAUCCCCCACAUCCUGGAUAAGAAGCGCAGUAUGGGUGGCUUCCUCUUGUAUGACUCGUCUGUCUCGCUCCCGCACCGCCUCUCUUUCCAGCGAGGGGAAUCGCUCACGCUCUCGUACCCUCUCCCAGAGCAGCGAGUCGGGGGGAGGACCAACAGGAACGUUCACGGAGGUGACCUGCUGAGAAGUCGCGACGCGGGGGACAUGUGAUCUCCUCCACUCUGCGUGAGGGGAAAAUGGCAUUUUAGCAGAGCUAAUUAUGCUACUUAGAAAACUAAAAACAUACCCAGACUUCACACGGGCGAUAAGAUGUCUGUACCUGUCUCUCUCUCGCGCUCUCUCUAUCUCUCCUAUCUCCAGAUUUUUACUGUCCUUUGUUUUCUGAUCACUUUGCCUUUUUCUUAUUUUAUACUUGCAAUUCAUAUAACUAUGUAAACAAAAUAAAAAAUGCAGGAUUUGCUUACCUUGGAUAAAGCUUAAGUGUUGGAUAGAUUAACCUGUGUUCCAAAGGGGUAGUUAGAUUUUAAGGCUUCCUUUCUCACCAUAUACUGUUUUUUUUGUAUGUGAUUCCUUAUCCUUUAUUUCUAGCUCUCUCCAUGUUCAGGCAGAAUACAGGACAGCUUUUUAUAGUUCCAUCUCCAUGUGUCUUUAUAAAUCAUUUUAUUACCCUAACAGGCUUCUUUGUUCCCCUCUUUUUUGCACAUAAUAGUAAGUUGUAAUACGGGGUAACACCUAAUACUGUAUGCCCAGGAGUAGAGGGGGAGUUAGGAACUUGUGGGGAGAGGUCUUCAAGGUCCAACCACUGGAACAUACUCGCGUUUUUUUUGAUUCUUGAGGUCACUGUAAAGAUUGCAGCACAAUGGAGAACUCCAGUACAAAAUAACAAAGACCCUAAUGCUACUAAGAAACUUAGAGCUGCUGUCUGUUACUAAACCAGAUGUCUUUGUACUGGUAGUUUUAGUAUUGAAGUAGUAAUGUGAUUUUUUUUUUUUUUUUUUUUUUUUUUUUUUUUUUUUAGUAAACUAAUCCCCUCCACCCCACACCUGUUGCCACUUGCUCAGGGUAAUUUCCGUGAGUCUUAGGGGGAGGUUUUUCGAAGAACAGAACUCGCUUUUCAGUUGUAAAGACCUGUAGAUAAAACAUGUACUAGAUGCUUUUUAUUACUAAAUCGGGGUGUAGCUUGGUUGAAAACCUAUAUAGUAUUCGCAUUGUCCCGUGUCUCUAUUUUCUUAAUUGCAUCCUGCCAGUCCCUCCCCUGUUGUAGAUUAAAGCUGUUGAUGGCACAAAUUGCAGACAUUUCUGGGCAUAAGACCAAUGGCUUUUGUUAAGGAACUAAGGUUGGGACAUUUUAGAACGUCUCAUGGCACAGUUAACUUUUAGGACCAGGACACGAUGGAUUUCUAUUCCGAUAUAAAAGUAAGCUGUCAGAGGGUUUAUUCUCAUGCUGUACACUAAGCAAGCAAACCUAAUUGCUGAAAAUAUGUUGACGCCUCAAAUUCUGCUGUUUUGGAGGUGGUAAUGUAAAUUUAAAAUGGGACUGAUUAAGUAUUCUUUACUUUAAGUGAAUAUAUUGUGCCAACCACACAUUUAGAAUAAAUCAUUUUGCUUGCUUUCAGUACUUAUCCUGAUGAUUUUUAAAGCGCAUACAUUUCUGUAUUACACACAUAUGGAAUUGUCAUGCAGAUAAUACAUAUGCAUACACUGAAAGCACAUUCUUCUCUUGAACAAUGUAUAUUUUGAAAAAAUAAAUAAACUGAGUACAUUGAUUCAGAGAACCUAAAAUAAGAAGGUUGGACAAGGCUUUGUCCAUCAGAUGAGCAUAAAAGAUUUCAGAGAUUUGCUGAAUUUGGCCACAAUUAGAAUGUUGAAGACAGGCUUGUUUCCACUAUGCAAUAAGGUAUGAAUUGGGUUCUAGCAUCAAAACGGUUGGCACUAGUGCCUCCCCAGUUAGUUCCUCCCCCUGCAAAGUGCCAUUUUUCUCAAGUAGAUUAAAAACAUUAAAUGUUUUGUGCAUAAUGGCUUGCAAAAAAAGGCUUUUAGACAAGGAUGAUGAUUUUUUUUUAAUUUGUAGGAUGUUGAAUUGAAAUGGUAUUUAACAACCAUGUAUGGCACAACUUUAAGUCAAGAAGUGAGAUUUAUGCAAACGUAACUUGCGCUCCUUCACUUUAAGCUUUUAGUUGACUUUUUUUUAAUGUACAAUUUUGAAAUUUGCCAAAUAACAGUUUUGUGAUCUGUAACACGGAU